AUGCCUGCUGAAGAAUUGUGGACUAGUAUCAUCACCGAGAAGGAAGCUGACAAUGCUCAAUCCAAGAGUGGUUUCAAUCCAAAAACCGGAAUUUAUCACUCUUUACAUCAACUUGGAGAAAAUCUCCAAAUCCCCACUAGACAUGACUUAGAUACGUCCAGUUAUGUGCUAUCCCAGUUCCCCCAUCCUGAUCAUGCUGAGACUAAAGUUGCACUUGUUGAUUUGGCUACCAACCAGCAAAUCACCUAUGCUCAGCUUCAUCGAUCUAUCCAUGCCCUUGCAUCAGGCUUGUACAAUGGUCUUGGAGUCCGAAAAGGUGAUGUGGUGUUUCUUCUGUCACCAAACUCAAUCUUGUACCCGACAAUAUGUCUAGCUGUAUUUUCCAUUGGAGCAAUCCUUAGCCCUGCCAACCCAGCUAACACAAUAUCAGAAAUUUUGAAACAAAUACGGGACUCGGGUGCUAAACUUGUCAUCUCAGCACCAGAGGAGUUGCAUAAGUUGGUUGAAAAUGGAGUGCCUACACUAGUUACAACUCGAGAGUCAAAUGACGAUUCACUAUCUGUCAAAGAACUAAUUGAAUGUACUGGUCCGCUUGAGUUGCCACAGGUCAGGAUAACUCAAUCAGACACUGCAGCUAUACUAUACUCUUCAGGUACUACUGGCACAAGCAAAGGUGUGAUAUUAACACAUUCAAACUUCAUAGCCAUCAUGACCCUCCUGAAAUGGUCAGUCUAUGCAAGUUCAUCGCAAAAUGACAUAUUCUUGUGCUUCGUCCCAAUAUUUCACAUCUACGGCCUUGCGUUUUUCAGGUUAGGAUUAUUCUGUGCUGGAAUUACUACUGUGUUGAUGCAAAGAUUUGAUUUUCAAGCAAUGCUUGAUGCUGUUCAAGCUUACAAAAUUAAUAACAUUCCUGCAGUGCCUCCAGUGAUACUUGGGCUAGUGAAACAUGCUAACAAAGUCAAGUGUGACUUGUCAUCUUUAAGAAGGGUGGGAUCUGGGGCUGCCCCAUUGAGUAAGGAACUGUCUGACGAGUUUAGGCAAAGGUUUCCAUGGGUAGAGCUAAGGCAAGGAUAUGGGCUAACCGAAAGCUGUGGUGCAACAACCUUUUUCAUCUCUGAUGAGCAGGCUAAGGCACAUCCAGCUUCUUGUGGAAGGCUCGUGCCAACUUUCAGUGCUAAGAUUGUAGAUACUGAAACGGGAUCAGCUUUGCCACCUGGUAGAAAAGGAGAGCUGUGGUUGAAGAGUCCUACUAUAAUGAAAGGGUACUUGGGAAAUGAGGCCGCUACUGCUGCAACAUUUGAUCCUGAUGGUUGGCUGAAAACUGGUGAUAUGGGUUAUUUUGAUGAAGAUGGAUUUCUUCAUAUUGUUGAUCGGAUUAAGGAGCUGAUCAAGCACAAUGGGUAUCAGGUGGCUCCGGCGGAAUUGGAAGCUAUUCUUCUGGGUCAUCCCCAAGUACUUGAUGCAGCAGUUAUACCUGUUGAAGAUGAAGAAGCUGGACAGAUACCAAUGGCAUAUGUGGUGAGAACAGCUGGUUCUGAACUCACGGAAGAAAAAGUCAUUCAAUUUGUUGCUAAUCAGGUAGCCCCAUACAAGAAAGUACGAAGAGUGGGUUUCAUCAGCGCCAUUCCAAAGUCUGCUGCGGGCAAAAUCUUGAGGAAGGAGCUUGUAUCCCACAGCCAACAAGUUAUCUCAAAAUUGUAACUUUCCUCCGUU